AUGAUGAUGAAGCGAAAGGAGCAUAUAACUCAGGGAGGGCUUUUAACUAUUCUUAGUCUGAGGGCUUCUUUGAAUUUAGGUUUAUCUGAGGCUUUAAAGACAGCUUUCCCAAAUAUCAUACCCGUUAUUAGACCUAAAGUCGAUAAUAUAGCUGUUCCGCAUGGUGAAUGAUUAGCUGGGUUUACAUCAGGUGAGGGUUGUUUUUUUGUUUUUGUAAGUAAAUCUUUAACGCAUGCAUUAGGUUUUCGAGCCCAAUUAGUAUUCCAAAUAACUCAACACCCUCGUGAUAAGAUAUUAAUUGAAAGUUUAAUCUCUUAUUUAGGUUGCGGUAGAUUAGUAACUAGUUCUGAUGGUAAGGUGCAGUUCAGAGUAGAAAAGUUUUCGGAUAAUUCUGAUAAAAUUCUGGGAUUUUUAGGCAGUCAUAAGAUUCGCGGAGUAAAAUUUGAGGAUUUUAAAGAUUGAUCUGCUGUGGCUAAAUUAAUGCGAGAUGGGGGCAUAUGACUCCAGAAGGGCUGGAUAAUAUUGUAA